GUGGGAAGUGUGUUCUGACAAACAAACCCCUUGUUUUUGCCAAUAGCAGUCAGUCAUAUCACCCGAGUCGAGAAGAGGAAAGAACACCGAUCUGAGAAAAUCGUGUGUUUUAAUUUAUCAUCAUCAUCAUCAAUCUUUGAUCAAUGGCUAUGUCUAUUCUCCGUCGCGAAGGGAGGCGUCUCCUCCGCCCAAUCGCUGCCAUCCGAUCUCCUCUCGCUUCUUCUGACCAGGAGGAGGGACUUGUUGGAGUUCGAUCUAUCUCUACUCAAGUUGUGCGUAACCGCAUGAAGAGUGUAAAGAACAUCCAGAAGAUCACAAAGGCCAUGAAGAUGGUUGCUGCUUCUAAGCUUAGAGCUGUUCAAGGCAGAGCUGAGAACUCCCGUGGACUUUGGCAGCCUUUUACCGCACUUCUUGGAGAUAAUCCCAGUAUUGACGUGAAGAAGAGCGUGGUGGUUACUCUCUCUUCUGACAAGGGUCUUUGUGGUGGAAUUAACUCCACUGUUGUUAAAGUGAGCAGAGCUCUCUACAAAUUGAAUGCUGGUCCUGAAAAGGAAGUGAAGUUUGUUAUUGUGGGAGAGAAAGCAAAGGCUAUAAUGUUCCGUGACUCAAAGAACCACAUCUCCCUUACUGUAACAGAGCUGAAUAAGAAUCCACUCAAUUAUGCCCAGGUCUCUGUUCUAGCUGAUGACAUCCUGAAGAACGUUGAAUUUGAUGCUUUGCGCAUUGUCUACAACAAGUUCCAUUCGGUUGUCGCAUUUCUACCGACUGUGGCCACUGUUUUGUCGCCAGAGAUUAUUGAAAAGGAAUCUGAAGUUGGAGGCAAACUCGGUGAGCUUGACUCGUACGAGAUUGAAGGCGGUGAAACAAAGGGAGAGAUUCUGCAGAAUCUGGCCGAGUUCCAAUUCUCUUGUGUAAUGUUCAAUGCGGUGCUGGAGAAUGCGUGUAGUGAGAUGGGAGCUAGAAUGUCUGCAAUGGACAGUUCAAGCAGAAACGCAGGAGAAAUGCUUGACCGUCUCACCCUUACUUACAACAGGACUCGUCAAGCCUCUAUUACAACAGAGCUUAUCGAGAUUAUCUCUGGAGCUUCUGCACUUGAAGCUGCAAAAUAAGCACAUCCUUGUCUGAGUUAUGAUAUCUAUCCACCUUGAAGGAGAGGAGUCUGUUUUGAACAACCUUUGCUGGCUUCUUGUUGGCACCACCAGUGUUUGCCCAAAAGAUUCUUUUUUUUUUAAUAAUAAAUAUCCCUGUAAUUUCCGGCAGGAUUAUGAAUAAUUGCAUUCACAUUUUGUUCUGAUUUCUGAAGCACUUCCUCAACAACUUUCAGUGUUGUUCUU